GCGGUGUCCUGCUCGCUCUGCAUCAUGGCUCUCUGCGGCUUCCUGAGUCCCGGCUCCAGGGUCUACACCGCCGUCUCUCUGAUGCUCGGGGUGCUGGUCUCGGGGAACCCCCCUAGCCGGCUCACAGCACAGGGGUCGUUGGCCUCCCCGAUGGACCCAAGGUUUGACUCUGUGGACUACAAGAACGUCUUCCGCUGGAGCGCACCAGACAACGCCACGCUCACCUACUCAGUCCAGUGGAAGAUCUAUGGGGACUCCCAGUGGGUGCAGGUGAAGGGCUGUCAGGGGAUCCAGAGUCUCCAGUGUGACCUGAGCAGGGUGACCUCCGACUCCAGGGAGUGGUACUAUGCCCGGGUGCACGCCUCCUCCACCCUCCUGGCCAGCCGCUCAGCCUGGGCACUCUCCCGCCGCUUCAGCCCGAGCUGGGACACAAAAAUCAGCCCGCCAACAUUAAACCUGACGAUGACAGCACAGGGCCUUGUGGUCCGCCUGAUCCCUCCUCCUGCCCUGGUGAGGAAGCUGCACAAGAAGCUCUGCUGCAGAGUCCUUCUCCGACACAGCAGCGGCGAGGAGGACAGGGUUGAGAUGAAGUCUUGUAAGAAGGAGCUGGUCCUGGACUACCUGAGAGCAGGCAACGAGUACUGCCUCCAGGCCCAGUGUGUGGUGUGUCUGCGGGGCAAGAGCAGUGCCCCCACGCCCUCCUUAUGCAUCACUACUCUGCAACAUGCAGCCGCCAGAUCCUGAUCCCUAGCUGAGCUGUUGGAGGAUACGAGAAGGAUCUGAACCCACACCUCUGUGGAUUCAGUCCUCACUUCCAGCUUCAGGCUGACGGCGGCCGGCGCAGAAUGGAAGAAGACGACUCACAUUAAAUAUUUCAAGCUUUAUUCUUAAUGAUUCAUGUAACAUUCUGUUAAAAAACGGACCUGGUGCAAAUGUCUGAAACUGUACACAAAUCAUCAGCUAUUUGCUCCAGAAUAAAGUUUUUUUUUAUUUCUUAAAACUCACAAUAUGACUAAGCAUCGUUUUCUCAGGCAAUAUAAAUUAUUCAAUCUUGUAAACAAAACACAAGGGUCAAAUCUAAGUCCUGAUUUACACUUUAUUAACAUUGUUCAAUACUCUCUUAUUUUGAUCAAUCAGGAGUGAAAAAUAACCAAUACUGUUGUGAUAACAAAAAUAAAAGAUUUACAUCAAACAGAACAAAUUAAAAAACA